CAACGGCCGGGCCUAGUACGGCUCUUGAAGCCUGCGAUUCGCCGUCAUGUGGAGCUCGACGGCGGCGACAGUAGCGGCCGGCGCAAUGCCCCUGGCCUCAAGCCGGCGGCUUCUGAGUGUCUCGGCGGCUGUGCGCGCCCGCACGCCGCAUCCCCGGAGGGAGGUCCCGGAGGUGCAGAUCCCCGGGCUGGAGCCCGUCACCUACUGGGACAGGAUGCACUUUGUGCCGGGCUUGGCGCACCCCACGGGGCCGGCCUGGGACCGCGGCUGGAAGGACCCGCGCCGCUACCGGGGCCCCAAGAUCGAGGAGAUGGCACUGUACAAGGAGAGGCCCUGUCACAUCUUCAACCAGCGGACGAAAAUGCUGGAAGGUGUCAAACAAGCUCUUUGGUUGACAAAGUCCAAGCUGGUCGAGGGGCUUCCUGCACAGAUCCUGAGAAUAGCUGAAGAUCCCGCCAAUCGCAUUGAGGAGCAGGACGAGCGCGUUCAGGAGGCGAUCAACCGCGCUCGCUUUUGGAUCACCACCGAAAUCCGUCCCAAGAGAGAUCGCUUCAGCCCUGCGUUGCUGCAGGAUCUCUUACAUUUGUGCAGGACUCAGCAGCAACGAUUCCCUGGACUCGGAGACAGGUCACUGGCUGAAAAUUACCGAGUGGCAGUAACGUGGGAGAGAGAGACGGACCUGUUCCAGGUACGGGGUGUGAAUGGAAUCCUCUUGAACAGCACACGCCCAUUGCCAGCGAUGGCGGCCAAAGAGGAGGUGAUGGACACUGAGGGCCAUUUGCUCCCAUCCUUCUACCCCAUCGCCCCCACUAUUGAUCUGCAGCAAAUACACGUCUACCAGGAGCCCAACGACACAGGUUUCCGAGCUGGGUACCCGUACCCUCACGCACACACGCUCUAUAUUGACAACUCCUCUAUCACCAUCAUGCGCUUCAAGCCAGAGGCUCUGAGAGCCAAGAUGAUCAUGUUCGCGUUUGCCAAUGCGCUGGCCAGGGCCAAGCUUGUGUACGGGGAGGAGCCCAGGGUUUUGGAUGAACCCAUUACAGUGCAGAGUGUGGCCAGCAAUGGAAGAGUUUUCCAGUUCCUAGUUUUCCAGCUGAACACAACAGAUCUACAGCCCGACCAGGGUGUAAAGAAUCUGGUUUGGCUGGACAGUGAUCAGCUGCUGUAUGACUAUGCCAAGUGCCGGCCGGAAAUCCGCAAAAAAGUGGUGCAGGUCCCCGUAGGGCUGUCUGGUUACCGCCCGGAGACGUUUAACAAGUUCCUGGCACUGUACCUCCACGGAGCAGUGUAAAUCAACGACCUGCCUCACGGACCGGAUCCAGGGACAGCGAGUGGGACAUGGGCUUGUGACAGACUGCUCGGGACUGCUGAUAAUUAUUCAUUGUAAGAUGGAGAUUUGUAGCCUAUUUAUCUGUACAUAAGGUGCCCUCUAAUUAAAUGUUUAUUACACAU